AAAAGCAAAGACUGCCCCUGAGGUCCACGCAGUUACCUUUGCAUUCGCUCGUCAUCGGCUGUCAUGGAGCCAUCGUCACCACAGACAGCUCUCAGGAAGGACCCUGGUGGGCGGUGUCUUCCCUGGUUCCCAGCUGGUGCCUUUGAACCUGCCGGGGCCCCCACGCCCACGCCCACGGAGCAGUUACGGAGCAGGUGUGCCAGCCUCCUCCACAGUCCAGGAUGCUCAUUGGUGCUUGCUCACCACCCCGGUUUCCUCGUCCUCCUCGGGGGUGUGCACUGGCUGGGACAGCUCUAGGCAGCCCUGGAGCAGGCAUGCACUCGUCCGCGAGUUCCUGGCUGUAGAGUUCGGAAUCUAAACUCCCAAGCCAUUUGCUUCUGGCAAAGCGAUGAGAGUGGAGUUCAUAUUUUCCACUUAAAGACAUCGCCUCUCUUCCUCCCAAGCUGGGACACGGGAAGUCAACAAGCCAAGGGCGGGUGCCCGCGUCUCGCAACCCUGUUGGCUGGGGCGUCCACUGACGAUUGUUCCAUCGUCCUGAACUGAACAAUGGAGCCCUGGUGGGGACUCUCUCCGCUUUUGCUCCUGUGUUUUCUGACAUACGUGCGAGGUCAAGGAGACUUUGACUUGGCAGAUGCCCUCGAUGACCCUGAACCCACCAAGAAACCGAGCUCAGGAAUCUACCCAAAACCGCCAUAUCCACCCCAACCUGGACGUCCAGACAACAGUGGAGGAAUCUACCCGAAACCACCGUAUCCACCCCAACCUGGACAUCCUGACAACGGCGGAAACAUCUACCCAAAGCCCAAGCCACCAUCUUACCCGCAGCCUGGCAAUCCUGGCCACGGCGGAGGUUACUACAAUGACGAGGACCGGAAUGACGGACGCUACCCGCCCAGGCCCCGACCCAGACCACCUGCAGGUGGCGGAGGUGGUGGCCAUGCUGGCUAUGACAACUAUGGGAACACACAUGGUGGAGGGGGCUAUCGACCCAAGACGCGUUAUGGAAGCGCAUACGGUGGAGAUGGUCACGCAACUUACGGAAACCCCCAAGGGAACACCGUGGCGAGCAUCGUGUCUCCGAUCGUAUCCGUGGUGGUGGUCACCCUCGUGGGAGCGGCAGUCAGCUACUUCAAACUCAACCGGAGGAGGAAUUGCUUCCGGACUAAUGAACCAGCACACGUCUGAAAACCCACGUGCCCUGUGGCUUUGAGAAAAGUCCGAUCCAGAGAAGAAAUCCGCGUUCCGCUUCCGGGCGAAGCUCUUUUUAUUCUUGGCAAAAUCCCCCGAGCUAAAGGGCCUUCUCUUCUUUUUGAAGGACUUGAAAAAGAUUCCCUAACUUGUGUGGUGGUGGUGGGGUCCUAACAAUAGGUUCGUCUGGGGGCCAGCAAAUGGCGUGGUGGUCAGGAGCUGGGCUCCCACAUAGCCAACUGUACGGU